AUGACGGAGGUGAUGGUGAUGACGGCGGUGCAGCAUCCGUACAUCCUCAGGCUGCUGGGGGUGGCCACGCUGGGAGAGACGCUCGCCAUGGUUUCGGAGUUUGUGCCCAACGGGGAUGUCGACCUGCUGCUGGAGAGAGUGCGCAACAGGACAGACUCGUUUGACUGGACGGCUAGGAUGGUGCUGGCGGAGCAGGUGGGGGAGGCGCUGGUGUUCAUUCACAGCAAGGGGUACAUUCACCGCGACUUCAAGGCUGCUAAUGUGUUACUGGGAGAGGGCAUGGUGCCAAAGGUGGCGGAUUUCGGGAUGGCAAGGUUGAUAGACGACUGGAAGACACAUGUCACGACGCGAGUGGGCGGCUCUCAGGGCUACAUCGACCCCAACUACUUCUCCACUGGGUUUCUCACCAACCAUUGUGAUACGUAUGCAUUUGGUAUCUUCCUUCUAGAGCUCAUGUCGGGCGAAUGUGCGGAGGAGAACGGCUUUAAGGCGAUAAGAGUGGCAGCAGAAGAGCGCUUAAUACCUCUAGAGAAGCUUAAGAGGGUGGUGAUGGACAAAUCCAUUGCCGGGCAAUGGUCCGAGGAGCAUUGUUUUGGCGCCAUGAAGUCUUUCGGCAAGAUGAUGAAGAGCAUUGGCGUCAGCAAGAAAAGGGAGAAGCCAGCCGCGCCCCACCCGGACUUAAAGCCCCUGGGGGGGGACGGAGCACCCCCCAUGUACACAAAAGAGGAGCUGAGCGCUGCAACCAACAACUUCAAGCAGAAGCUCGGCGAGGGGGGGUUCGGUGCGGUGUACAAGGGGUACCUCAAGGUGGAGGGCGGUGCGGAGGCAGCUGAGUCACUGGGGGUGGAUUUGAGCGCGGUUACUGACGGGGAGAUCCCUGUAGCCGUUAAGAUGUGCGCUGCUAAGGUUCUGAGCGCACGGGAGCAGCUCAUGACGGAGAUGAUGGUGAUGGGCAAGCUGCGCCACCCCAACAUCCUGCGCCUGCUGGGCGCGUGCAUAUCAGACGACAGCAUGGCCAUGAUCUACGAGUUCAUCCCCUGUGGGGACGUGCAUGAGCUGCUGGAAGAUGCGCGUGCGGGCAAGGAGGAGUUCAAGUUUGCGGACCGGAUGAAGGUGGCCAUGGGGUGUGCGGAGGCCUUGGCAUUUAUCCAUGGGCAGGAGUAUGUGCAUCGUGACUUCAAGGCUCCUAACGUGCUGCUGGCUGAGGGCCUGUCCCCUCGAGUGGCAGACUUUGGGCUGGCGAGAAUAGUGGAGAACUGGAAGGACCAUGUGACGACGAGAGUGAUGGGGUCACGCGGGUACAUCGACCCGGAAUACUUUGAGUCAGGCUACCUGAAUGAGCACUGUGACACCUUUGCCUUUGGCAUCUUUCUCAUUGAGCUCGCCACGGGCCACUCAGUCCUGGAGCCCACGUUUGAGCAGGUGGUGAACGGUGCCGUGCGGUCAGAUCCGGUGGACCUGGGUGCGGUGAUGGACCCGCGCCUGCAGGGGCAGUGGACUGAGGAGCAGGCGAAGGCGCUGCUGGGAGUGGCGAAAGUGUGUGUGACGACGGAUUGGGACAACCGGCCGACCAUGGAUAAUGUGGUUGAGAUGAUGCAGGGGGUGCUGGGAUGA